AUGUUCCUCCUGCUGAUCAAGAAAAACUUUUUAUCCAGAAGUUACGACAAUGUUGUGUACUUUUUGACUUUGUUUCUGAUCCACUAAGUGACCUGAAGUGGAAAGAAGUAAAACGAGCAGCUUUAAGUGAAAUGGUAGAAUAUAUCACACACAAUCGCAAUGUGAUUACAGAACCUAUUUACCCUGAAGUAGUACAUAUGUUUGCAGUUAAUAUGUUUCGAACAUUACCACCAUCUUCCAAUCCAACGGGAGCAGAAUUUGAUCCAGAGGAAGAUGAACCAACCUUAGAAGCUGCAUGGCCUCAUCUACAGCUCGUUUAUGAAUUUUUCUUAAGGUUUUUAGAAUCUCCAGAUUUUCAACCUAAUAUAGCUAAGAAAUAUAUUGAUCAGAAGUUUGUAUUACAGCUUUUAGAGCUCUUUGACAGCGAAGAUCCUCGUGAAAGAGAUUUUCUUAAAACAACUCUUCACAGAAUAUAUGGGAAAUUCUUAGGCCUAAGAGCUUACAUCCGGAAACAAAUUAAUAAUAUAUUUUAUAGGUUUAUUUAUGAAACAGAACAUCACAAUGGCAUAGCAGAAUUACUGGAAAUAUUGGGAAG